CUCAACUCAACUAGUAUGUCGUUUCCCGGUCCAAGUUGCGGCUCAAAGCCUGGCCAAGCCCUCAAAUGGACAGGCUUCAAAAAGCCACCAAGCCUCGAGACGGAGUGGCGCUGCUUUCCAGUCACCAAUCGCGGCAGGACUGGCACCGCGGCAGCCUCACCAUCACCCAGCACGCUCCCUAUUUUCUUCCGUCUUGUCGCCCAGCAAGAUCGACACUGCAUAGUUGCUUCUUGUCUUGAACGCAGCCAAGGACAAAAAACUGGUUUCAUGGCUAGCCGUCAGGGUGCUGAAGAAUGCAGGAGGGACUGA